AAUGUUACUUUAUUAUCAGAUCCAGAUGUAGUUUUCAUUAGAUCGUAAAAAUAACAUGGCACAAAUCGAACUUUUGUUCUUCUGUACAUCCAAGGAAGUUUCGUAGCAAAUGAAGAAAAUCAACAUAUUCCAACCGUCAGGAAUGACCGAAGCUUGUGGUCAUGCGGCCCAUUAACACUAAUUCUUUUGAAUCACCAUAAUUCCUGCCAUAUAUAACUAUUAUCCAAUUCCAUUAUUCCAAACAUUCCUUUUUGCCGGAAGUCGAUUCAAAAUAAUGGAAGCAUCCCAAGAAGGGAAGAAGAGAGGGAACAAUAAUGGGGAGGUUCGAUACAGGGGAACUCGCAGGAGGCCAUGGGGGAAGUUCGCGGCGGAGAUACGUGAUCCAACGAGGAAUGGAGCACGGCUGUGGCUGGGAACUUUUGAGACUGCUGAAGAGGCGGCAAGGGCAUAUGAUAGGGCUGCUUUUGCUUUUCGGGGUCACACAGCUAUACUCAACUUCCCGAAUGAGUACCAAUAUCAGAACCCAAGUUUUCUACCAUCUUCAGUUUCUUCAUCUACUUACUCAGCUGGCAGAGGGAAUCCCCAAAGAGGCGGAGCAAAUGAAGUCAUUGAGUUUGAGUACCUGGAUGACAAGUUGUUGGAGGAUCUUCUUGAAACCCAAGAUGACAGGCAUCGCCUAUAAAUUAUAAAAUCGAGUUUCUAAUGUUGUUGGAUUGAAUUAGUUAACCAUGGAAAUAAUUUCUAUGUUUCUUUUAUAUUAUAAACUAGGGAAAUUUCAAUUAAUCGUUUCUGAUUUUUCAUUCUUUUUAAAAUCUUUGUAUCGAAAUUGCAAUUGUAUUGAAAACUUCAUCGAGAGGAACCUUAUAUUUUACAUCUUUUAAUGAAA